AUGGUACAGUCAUCCAUGGUUUCUGAUUUUCUUGCAUAUGCCAUGAUGGCACCUGCUUCCCAAUCUGCGGCAGAUGGUGGUACAAGCUUUGUGUCAGCUUCCGCUCAACCGUGUCGAGCUGCGUUUCCACGCAUCGCCCUCCUUCCGGCGGCUUCGCCGCGGAAUCUCUGCGGCUUCGCGGCAGUCGCAGCUUCUAUAGCCAGUGGCUGGAAGGCCGGGAAGCGUAGCAUCAAACCACAGCUGGUCACACGAACGGCCGAGAAUGAGUUGGGUGAAGAUGUGAGGUCUGGCGUGUCAGGUGGAGUCGGCUGGGUGGUUCAAUCCUUCCAAUCAUUGAACUGGCAACUCUAUGCAGCGCUUUUGGUCAAGCAUGUGUUGCCAACAGCGUACACGAUGAGUAGGAUUUACUUUCUGGGACAGCUGCCCGGCGGCCAGUGGUUUGGACGUCGCAUCACAACUCUACUGGGUGAGCUUGUUGCUGAAGGUGAUGGAGGAGGCGUUGAUUGUUCCGCUGUACUCUUGCGUUGGAGAUAUGAUUAG